UCCUCCAGUGAGCUGCGGGAGUGGGAACGCGACGGUCGCUCCAGUCUGUUCCAAAUACAGUUUCGGAACUAUAUCGCCGAGAUCUCGACGACCGCGCCAUUUAAAACCGAAAGUGUGUUUAUGGACAAAAGUUAAAAGUUCUUUUUUGGAUAUUUAAAAGACUCGCUGUGUUUUUGUGGCAUUAUGGAAUUUAUUUUUAAAAUUGAUUACUUAAUGGAAAUGAUUGGUGACGUCCAAAAAUUUGAUGUUUUAAGAGAAAUAUGUUAUUGAAAUGAUGUUUAAUGAACAUGGGCAUAUUUAUUCGAUCACGGAUUGUGAAAUGUGGUAUAUACGCCUUUUUUCUAAUCGUCCAUAUUCCGAUACUGCAAGGCGAAGAACAUUCACACUGCCCGAGUUUGUCAGAUAAUCCUAUUUGCCCGUGUUAUAAAUUUAAAGAAGGAUUAUUUUUGGAGUGUCCCAGUGCUACUCCCAGCGUAGUAAAGAAUGUUUUAACAAAGAUAAAAGGAAUUAUUCAUUCGUUAUCAAUAUAUGAUUUGGAACGUUCAACGACGGAAUUGAGCAGCGAUUUUUUUCCUUCACACGUAAAAAUUAACCAUCUACAAAUUACACAGUCUGGUGUAAAUAAAAUUAACCCCAAUGCUUUUACAUCAAUACGUGAUUCGCUGGAAUCGUUAAGUGUAAUUGCCAGUAAAUUAAGCAAAAUUCCGCACGAAUCGUUCUUUGAACUAUUUAACAUUGAAGCGCUUGAUUUUCAACUCAAUGAUAUUAAAGAUAUUCAGGCAUAUACUUUUAAAGAUCUAAAACUAAAAAAAAUUAACUUGAGAGGUAACAAAAUAGCUAAUAUUUCUGAUUAUGCAUUCCAGAACUUAGAUGAAACCUUAAAUGAGAUAGACAUGACUGAAAAUUUUCUGGAAAUAUUUCCUUUACAGCCUCUUGGAAACUUAAAUAAACUAACAAACCUUAGAUUAGCUUGGAAUAAAAUUAACUCAAUUCCUGGAGACAUCAAUGUUACUAUACUCAACUUAUUAAAUUUAGAUUUAAGUUCAAACUUGUUUACAAAAAUAGAAAAAAAUUGGUUUAAGAGUAUGCCUAAUAUAAAAAUGUUAAUUUUUUUUAGUAAUGAAAUUCAAGAAAUAGCUGAAGAAGCGUUUUAUUAUUUAAGGAAUGUAGAAAUAAUAGAUUUAAGUAGAAAUAAAAUUGUAAAUAUAGGAAAAAAUACUUUCAGCAAAAACAUAAAUGUUCGCUCUAUAGAUUUAAGUCACAAUCAUUUACAUCAUAUAAACGGUGUGUUUAGUAAUCUCAAGCACCUUUCUGAGGUAUUUUUAUCGGAAAAUAAUAUUCUCGAAAUACCUAAUGAUGCCUUCAAUAAUACAGUGGGAUUAAAAGUUCUUAACAUAGAACAUAAUGCUAUACAGUUGCUUCGUCCAAACUGUUUCGAAUCGUUACAAAAUCUAACGCAACUUCACAUGGGAUCAAACUUUUUAAAAAUACUUCCAAAAAAUAUACUCACCUUUAAUCGUAAACUUGAAAUUAUAAGCUUAGAUAAUAAUAAAAUUCAAGAAUUAGAUGAUUCAGUGUUUGAAAAUUUGGUCUCCAUAAGAGAAAUAAGGUUGCAAAAUAAUAAAUUAAGUCAUGUAAAACGAAAUGUAUUUAGCCCACUGCCAGAACUCUUAGAAUUACACUUACAAAACAAUGUAAUUAAAAAUAUUGAUUCACAUGCUUUCAUUACCCUACGGAAGCUACAGCAUAUUAAUUUGCAGGGUAAUAAUUUAACCACGAUAGGCGAUGUAUUCCCAAAUCGAAAUUCUUCAUUAGUAUCUAUCCAACUAAGUGCUAAUUACUUAUCCUUGUUGAAAAACAGCUCCCUUAGAAGUCAAACGAAUGUACAGAUUAUGUGGCUAACACAAAAUAGUUUAAAAGUUUUGACAACUAAUUUGUUUAGUGACUUAUUUAAUAUACAAAGAUUAUAUUUAAAAAAUAACAGUAUUAUGCAUAUUGAAAAUAGAACUUUUAUGCAUCUUAAGAAAAUAAAAUACUUAGAUAUAAGUAAUAACAAAAUUAGUGACAUAAGUAAUGAAACAUUUUAUAAUCUUGUAACGUUGGAAGAACUGUUACUGAAGAAUAAUAACGUUAAAAAUGUGGCAAAGGAUGCAUUUAAGCAUUUAAUUAAACUCAAAACACUAGAUUUAUCUGAAAACAAGAUUAUUUUUCUAGAUUUCAAUAUUUCUUCUUUACCUAUUAAGCUAAUACGGCUCAACCAAAAUUUUAUAUCUUUGAUAGAUGAAAAAUCAUUACAGACGUUACCAAAUUUAAAUGAAAUUGAACUCAGAAACAAUGUACUGACUUGGGAAGAUAUUCUUUGCAUCCAAUUACCAGGAUUAAAGUCACUUGUUAUUUCUAAUAAUAAUUUUACGCAUUUAGAUAACAAAACUUUUUCGCACUUACUUUCGCUACAAUCACUAACACUGGAAAUGUCAAACAUAUCGCAACUACCUCCUGCCUCGUUUUUUAAAAAUCAAAAUUUACUAAGAGUUAAUCUGGCUCAUAAUAACUUGAAGGACUUAAACAAAGAUGUAUUUGCUUACACUACAAUAUUACAGGAAUUAAAUUUGAAGGGUAAUCGCUUUACAGACUUCCCGCACGUUGCAUUAUUCAAUAUUACUUCGCUCGAGGUUUUAGAUUUAUGUCACAAUCAAUUGCAAGGCAUUGACUUCUUUAAAUUAGUGGGUUUGCAUAAUUUACGGACUCUUAAUGUGUGUGACAAUCGCAUUUCUGUAUUGAGUGGUUUUAAGUCUCCCUCGCUUAAAAAUUUGAUAUCAAUAAACUUGAGUCACAAUAUGAUAACAGUUCUUCCACCGAAUUUCUUACAGCAUUCAGUAGGAUUGAAAGAGAUAGAUCUAUCGCAUAAUUUUUUCAAGCAUAUUCCUAGUAACGGUAUGUCAGAAACAACUUUUCCAAGUGUAACUGUAUUAAAUAUAUCUUCAAACUCUAUAGAGCAAUUGCUGCAAACAUAUCCAAUCAAACAAUUUCCACUUUUAGAGGAAUUAAUUGUAACCAAUACAAAUUUAUCUAUUAUAACUAGUAAGGAUUUUGAAAACUUUAAUUCUUUAAAGAAAUUAGUGUUAACACAAAAUUUUAUAACAAGACUCUCACCUAGUGCGUUUAUGAAAUUGCAUAAUUUGGAAAUAUUGGAUUUAAGUAUGAAUAAAUUAGAAAAUAUUCCCAGAGAGAGACUUCAAGGAUUAUACUCAGCUAGACUGAUAAACAUUUCUCACAAUACGAUCAGAGAGUUGGAGGAGUUUGCAUCUGAUUUGCAGAAUUUACAGACAUUGGACCUAUCUUUUAAUCAUAUCACGAGAAUAACUAAAGAUGUUUUUCAAAACCUUCCUAGUCUCAGCGAACUCUACUUAAGUGACAACUGGCUAUCAACAAUAGUAUCGGAUAUAUUUUCAAAGUCGAAAAAAAUUUCAUAUAUUGACUUAAGUCGAAACUACUUUGAAAAGAUACCAUUCAAGAUGCUUCAUUCUUUGGAAAUGCAAAUUAAAAAGAUCGCUUUUGAUGAUAACCCUAUGACUUGUAAUUGCGAAUCCCAAGACCUUUGGGUAUGGAUGCAAGAUCAUUACAAAAUUGUUUUACAAGGAAAUACAAAAUUACGCUGUGAAUAUCCAGAAAAUCUUCGUGGUUACAGAUUUUUAGAACUCCCGUCUCAGAAACUUUGCGAUGUGCCUGUCGUAAUCCGUAUAGCCAUACAGGACAUACAGACGUAUUCUGUUUUAGUUUCUUGGCAAAGUCGCAAUCAAAAUGGCUUAAAUGGAUAUCAAGUAGCGUACUUUCGGGAGCAAAUGCCAACAAUCAUAAGAGGCAAAGUUUUGAAUUCGACUGCCAGAACAACGAGAUUAAAUCAUUUGACACCAGGAGCGCGAUACGUAAUUUGUGUUAUCGCUGUCGGCGAUUUUGGAAAUAACGCAGCAUCUACGACGCCCAAUGCAAGAAUAGCGUCUCCAACUAUAGGAAAUACAGGAAUGAAUUUGUAUGGUGAUGAACAAAUUUUCAAUAAUCUGCGAUCGUAUAUGAACGAUUCUUACAUAAGUAAGUGUACUAGUGUAAGUACGAUUGAAAUAUUUAGUGCAGCGCUAGAUAGUCCAUUUUCAAACACUUACAUGGGUAUUGCCGAAAUGUUGACAAGAAGACUUAGUUUGGUUGUGGGCUGUUGUAUAGGACUUUUAGUUUUUAUUGUACUAGUGUCAGUUUUAGGAUAUAUGAAGACAAAAAAACGACCAGUCAUACCCAAAGAUGUUGUCCAGCAGCCUCCUCAAUAUAUUUCAUAUGACAAUUUUACUGCAACGAAUGUCGAAGUUCAAUCAACAGAUAUAGAUAUAAAUACUAUUUCUAAUAAAACGACAACACAAUUUAAACCAUGUGAGUAGAUACUUAGAGUAAGAGAUCUAAACAUAUUCUUAUUCCAUGUCAAAAAUAAAUCAUGCAAUUG